ACAUUGUUGUUGCCUUCUCUGUUCACUCUUUGAUUGAUGACCGCCGUCGAAUCCCAACCCUCCCUCACCGCCAUGGCCCCCACCAUCCUCUCCUCCGCAGCUCCCAACCAGAUUCGCUUCUUGCUCACCUCCUUGAACGAAGUCAACUUUGACUCCGUUCUCCAUCAACUCUCUCAGUUUGCUGAGUUUGGAACCGUUGGAUGCAUUUUGCUGCUUCAGACAUGCUUUGAUCACUUUAAUUAUGUCAGGAGAGAUUUGAAAGAUGUGAAGUAUGAGCCAAUUCUUGGGGCAGUCAUAAAGCACCUCCUGGACAAACCAAACUUUAGCACGGUGUUUUCGGAGUCAAUGAAGAAUAUAGACAUCAACGAAAACUUCCUAGCAAAUUUUUGUAAUGGACUACAGUUGUCUUUACUGGAAAAAAUUACCAUCAGUCUUGCAUUAUCUGAUUCUGAAAAUCCUGAAACCAGGUUAUCUGGCAAGAAAUUUUGCAUGGCUCAGAUUGAGGAAUUGCAUGCCAAUCCUGGUGCUUUGAGUUGCCAUGAACAAAUUCACAAUAUUAUCAUGUUCCUCAAGCAAUCAGAGGGUCUCUCCAAGCAUGUAGAUUCCUUUAUGCAGAUAUUAGCAUUGGUGCAGUUCAAGGACACCCCACCUUUUGUUCUGAAUCCGCUGCUACCCGAUGAGAUGCACGAGGCUGAAUUUUUGAGGAAUAUGGAGUUGUUCCAUGAUUCUGUAGAAAAUGAUUUUGAUGCUAUUUUGGCAGACAUACAGAAGGAAAUGAACAUGGGAGAUAUUGUGAAGGAACUAGGCUAUGGGUGCACAGUUGACGUCUCUCAGUGCAAGGAGAUCUUGUCACUUUUCUUACCUUUAACUGACAGUGCCCUCUCUAAAUUACUUGGUGCUAUUGCUCGUACCCAUGCAGGGCUGGAGGACAACCAGUGUACAUUCUUAACUUUUGGUGCAGCCCUUGGAUACAAUAACUUGUCUGAGUUGCCACUGCCGAACUCUUGGAACAUUGAUGUGUUGAUAGAUACAAUCAAGCAGCUUGCACCUCAAACCAACUGGGUACGGGUUAUUGAAAAUCUUGAUCAUGAAGGAUUUUUCCUUCCUAGUGAAGAAGCAUUCUGUUUUCUGAUGUCUGUGUAUAGACAUGCCUGUAAGGAGCCGUUUCCUCUCCAUGCCAUCUGUGGAUCUGUGUGGAAGAAUACUGAGGGUCAGCUAUCUUUCCUAAAAUAUGCUGCAUCAGCACCACCGGAAGUGUUUACCUUCGCGCACUCUACAAGGCUGCUGGCAUAUAAUGAUGCGAUUAAUGGCCUCAAGCUUCAAAAUGGACAUGCUAAUCAUGCAUGGCUGUGUCUUGACCUUCUGGAUGUUCUCUGCCAGCUAGCUGAGAAGGGUCAUGCCAGUUAUGUUCGGUUGAUACUUGAUUAUCCCCUGAAACACUGUCCUGAAGUCUUGCUUCUAGGGAUGGCACACAUUAAUACUGCUUACAACCUCUUCCAACAUGAAGUAUCUCUAGUUGUUUUCCCCAUGAUACUAAAGAGUGCUGGAGGUAGUGGAAUGAUUCAACAUCUAUGGCAUGCUAAUCCUAAUCUGGUCUUACGAGGGGUUAUUGAUUCCCAAAACAAUGACCUGGACAGUGUUACAAGAAUUGUUGACAUCUGCCAGGAGCUAAAGAUUCUAUCAUCAGUACUGGAAGUCAUUCCCUCCUAUUAUAGUAUAAGAUUAGCAGCUGUUGCUUCAAGAAAAGAAUUCCUUGACCUUGAGAAGUGGCUGAGUAACAACUUAUCUAUGUACAUGGAUGUCUUCUUUGAGGUAAUUUUCCUUCCCUCAUUCGUUGUCUUUAAUAACUAGUACAGUAAAAUGUAUGCAUUCAUUUGGUCUUGUUCUUUUUAAUCUUUUGGUAGAUCACAGAGCUUAUCUGGUAAAUCUUUUCAUCAGUCUGGUGCUGUUCUGAAUCUUUAUGCUGAGACUACUCCUACCUUCUUGAAGGUUCUGAAAUCUCAUACUGACUUUGUUAACUCUAGUCAACUUUCUGAGGAGCUGGAGAGGUUGCAGGUAUCUAUGAUAGAUUCAAACCCAAGACUGCAAAAUGGUGCGCCUGCAGAUUCAUCUACCUCUGAUGGAUAUUCGGAUGACAUUGAACAUGAAGCAAACUCGUACUUCCAUCAGAUGUUUUCUGAUCUGUUAACCAUCAAUGCAAUGGUGCAAAUGCUUGCCCGGUUCAAGGAAUCUUCUGUGAAGAGGGAGAAAUCAAUUUUUGAUUGCAUGAUUGGAAACUUGUUUGAGGAGUAUAAAUUUUUUCCGAAAUAUCCUGAAAGGCAACUCAAAAUUGCUGCAGUUCUCUUUGGUUCCAUCAUAAAGCAUCACCUUGUGACUCAUCUGUCUCUGGGGAUUGCUCUUCGAUAUGUUCUUGAUUCGUUACGCAAGCCUGCAGAUUCAAAGAUGUUUACGUUUGGAAGUCUGGCUUUGGAGCAGUUUGUGGACCGCCUUAUUGAGUGGCCUCAGUAUUGCAAUCACAUUCUGCAAAUUUCCCAUUUGCGCAGCACACAUUCAGAAAUUGUCACUUUCAUUGAACAGGCUCUUGCCAGGAUUUCUGCUGGUCAUGCAGAUGUGGAUGGGGUGAACCAUGCUUCACUUAUUAGUAACCAUAAUUCUGCACAUACUAUGUUAGGGCAUGUGGAGCAGCUCAAUGGCUCUGGUGUCAUCCAGCCUGGGCAGCAACAUAUAUCACUGCAGCUUCAACAGAGGCGUGAUAUUCCCUUGGAUGAUCGUCACAAAGCCUCUGUUGGUUCAUCCACUGAUGUAAAACCGAUCUUAUCAUCUGUAGGGCAAUCUUCAGCAGUUACUCCUGCUGAUACUUCUAGUAGUAAUAAGCUACAUAGCACUGGCAGUGCAUCGUCGAUGUUAUCUUCUCCUGGUUUUGUUCGUCCUUCGCGAGGAGCUACUUCAACCAGGUUUGGAUCAGCCUUGAACAUUGAAACUUUGGUUGCAGCUGCUGAGAAAAGAGAAACUCCCAUCGAGGCUCCAGGGUCAGAGGUUCAGGACAAGAUAUCAUUUAUAAUUAAUAAUAUAUCUACUGCAAAUAUUGAAGCUAAAGCAAAAGAAUUCACCGAAAUUUUGAAAGAGCAGUACUAUCCAUGGUUUGCACAGUAUAUGGUUAUGAAAAGAGCGAGCAUUGAGCCAAAUUUCCAUGACUUGUACCUGAAAUUCCUAGAUAAAGUCAAUUCAAAGGCUUUGAACAAAGAGAUUGUGCAGGCAACCUAUGAAAAUUGCAAGGUUCUUUUAGGAUCUGAGCUCAUAAAGUCUAGUUCAGAAGAACGCUCUUUGCUUAAAAAUCUGGGAAGCUGGCUUGGAAAGUUAACAAUUGGGCGGAAUCAGGUUUUGAGGGCUCGUGAAAUAGACCCAAAAUCUUUGAUUAUAGAGGCAUAUGAGAAGGGGCUGAUGAUAGCUGUUAUCCCAUUUACUUCAAAGGUCCUUGAACCAUGCCAAAGCAGUCUUGCAUAUCAACCCCCUAAUCCAUGGACGAUGGGCAUUCUGGGAUUGCUUGCUGAGAUUUAUUCAAUGCCAAACUUGAAAAUGAACCUCAAAUUUGACAUAGAGGUGUUGUUCAAAAAUCUUAGUGUGGAUAUGAAGGAUGUUACGCCAACUUCUCUCCUGAAGGAUCGGAAAAGAGAAAUUGAAGGAAAUCCUGAUUUCUCCAAUAAAGAUGUUGGGGCGUCUCAAGCACAAAUGAUGUCUGAUAUAAAAUCUAGCCUUAUACAGCCAGUAAAUCAAGUGGAGUUACCACUUGAAGUUACCAAUCCAUCUAAUACUGGGGCACAUCCUCAUUUACUCUCUCAGUACGCUAGUCCACUUCAUAUUUCCACUGGAGCCUUGAUGGAGGAUGAAAAGGUAACACCUCUAGGCUUGUCUGAUCAACUUCCAUCUGCUCAAGGACUAUUACAAGCAACUCCUACGCCUGUACCUUUUUCCCUUAGCCAGCUCCCAUCACAGAUACCUAAUAUUGCAACUCAUCUUAUUAUCAAUCAGAAGCUUAGUGGUUUUGGGUUGCAAAUGCAUUUUCAGAGGGCUGUACCUAUUGCAAUGGAGAGAGCUAUCAAAGAGAUAGUAUCUAGUAUUGUGCAGCGUAGUGUUUCCAUAGCUACACAAACAACAAAGGAGCUUGUUUUAAAGGAUUAUGCCAUGGAAUCAGACGAGACACGCAUAGUAAAUGCUGCACACCUGAUGGUUGCCAGUCUGGCUGGGAGCUUAGCUCAUGUUACAUGCAAAGAACCUUUAAGGGCAUCAAUAUCAAGUCAACUAAGAAUUUCACUUCAGAAUUUAAAUAUUGCAAAUGAAAUUUUGGAGCAAGCUGUGCAACUUGUCACCAAUGAUAAUCUUGAUCUUGGUUGUGCAGUCAUUGAGCAGGCUGCUACUGAUAAGGCAAUAACCACCAUUGAUACAGAAAUUAAUCAACAACUUUCUAUGAGAAGGAAGCAUCGAGAAGGUAUGGGUUCCACAUUUUUUGAUACAAACUUGUACACACAAAGUUCUAUGGGUGUUGUGCCAGAGCCUCUUCGACCCAAGCCUGGUCAGUUGUCCCUCUCGCAGCAGCGCGUCUAUGAGGACUUCGUUCGGCUUCCCUGGCAAAAUCAGUCAAGUCAGAGCUCACAUUCUAUGUCAUCUGGUCUUUCGGUUCAAUCUGGAAAUGCUGGUCUCGCUGGCACUAAUGGUUCUGUAUCAGGACAAAUUAACCCUGGUUACUCUGUAAGCUCCAGCUAUGAAGGAGGGGUGUCGCGACCAGUAGAAGAUAUGUCGGAAUCUAAUUUGGCUCAACACUUCAGUGCUUCCUCAAUUCACAUUAGAGCUGCUGACAGUGUUUCCCAGCACAGUUUGGAGAAAGAAUCAGUUGCUUCAUUUCCUUCAACUGCUUCCACACCUGAGUUGCACACUGUUGAUACUUCUGAUGCUAUGAAAGAAUCUGGAGCUUCACAGCCACUAGUUUCAUCAAGUGCCGUAGAGCGUCUUGGAAGUAGUUUCUUGGAGCCCACUAUUUCUACAAGGGAAGCCUUGGAUAAAUACCAAAUGGUUGCACAAAAGUUGGAGGCUUUGGUUAAUAAUGAUGCCAAGGAAGCAGAAAUACAGGGGGUCAUAUCCGAGGUUCCUGAGAUCAUACUCAGAUGUGUUAGUCGAGAUGAGGCAGCUUUAGCUGUAGCGCAGAAGGUAUUCAAGGGCCUUUAUGACAAUGUAUCCAACAACACUCAUGUUGGUGCUCAUCUUGCAAUCCUGACUGCCAUUCGUGAUGUUUGCAAGCUUGCCGUUAAGGAGCUUACCAGCUGGGUAAUUUACUCAGAAGAAGAAAGGAAAUUCAACAAAGAUAUUACUGUAGGCCUGAUCCGCAGUGAACUGCUAAAUCUUACUGAGUACAAUGUUCAUAUGGCAAAGCUCAUUGAUGGGGGAAGAAACAAGGCUGCUACGGAGUUUUCUAUUUCUCUUCUUCAAAUGCUGGUUGUUGAGGAAUCGAAAGUUAUUUCAGAACUUCACAAUCUUGUUGAUGCUUUGGCAAAGCUUGCUUCAAAGCCUGGAUCCCCUGAAUCGUUGCAACAGCUGAUCGAGAUGAUCAAGAACCCUUCUGUUAAUCCUGCUAGUCUAUCUGUUAGUGUUCCUGCAAAGGAGGAUAAGGCAAGACAAUCAAGGGACAAUAAGGGUCCUGGGAUGCUGGCACCAAACCGGGAAGAAGUAAACAUUGUAGAGUCUGUUGAACCAGAUCCUGCUGGAUUCCGUGAGCAGGUUUCCAUGUUGUUUACAGAAUGGUAUCGGAUAUGUGAACUCCCUCCUCCGAAUGAUACAGCUUCUACUCACUUCAUCUUACAAUUACAUCAAAAUGGUCUCCUUAAGGGGGAUGAUGUAACAGAUCGCUUCUUCCGGCUAUUGAUGGAACUAGUUGUUACACAUUGCUUAAACAGUGAGGUGAUUAAUUCUGGGGCAUUGCAAUCUUCUCAACAGCUGCCAGCAAUGUCAUUUAUUGCAAUUGAUAUUUAUGCCAAGCUUGUCUUCUCAAUAUUGAAGGGAUCAAACAAGUCCUUUCUUCUUUCUAAGAUUCUUGCGGUGACUAUUCGGUUGAUUCUAAAAGAUGCAGAAGAGAAGAAGGCCUCUUUUAAUCCAAGACCGUAUUUCAGAUUGUUCAUUAAUUUGCUUCUAGAUCUUGGUUCACUUGAACCUGUUACUGAUGGUGCAAAUCUCCAGAUUUUGAUUGCUUUUGCCAAUACUUUUCAUGCUUUGCAGCCCCUCAAGGUUCCUGCUUUCAGUUUUGCUUGGCUUGAGUUGAUAAGUCACAGGAGCUUUAUGCCAAAAAUGCUGACUGGUAAUGGUCAAAAAGGUUGGCCUUAUAUCCAAAGGUUGCUUGUUGAUCUCUUCCAAUUUAUGGAGCCUUUUCUGAGACAUGCUGAACUCGGAGAUCCGGUUCGUUUUCUCUAUAAAGGCACUCUUAGGGUGCUAUUGGUGCUACUUCAUGACUUCCCUGAGUUCCUAUGUGACUUUCACUUUACCUUCUGUGAUGUUAUUCCGCCAAGUUGCAUACAGAUGCGGAAUAUUGUUCUGAGUGCUUUUCCACGGAGUAUGAGGUUGCCAGAUCCAUCCACCCCCAAUUUGAAGAUUGAUUUGCUUCAAGAAAUUACUCAAUCCCCAAGGAUUCUUUCGGAGGUCGAUGCUGCUAUUAAAGCAAAGCAGAUUAAGGCUGAUGUGGAUGAAUACCUUAAGGACAAAGUCUCUGAGCUGAAGGACAAGAUGCUCCUUUCACCUAAUGAAGCUGCUUCUGCCGGGACACGUUACAAUGUGCCAUUGAUCAACUCACUUGUGUUGCAUGUUGGAAUGCAGGCAAUCCAACAACUUCAGGGACGAUCUCCCCAUGCUCAAUCUGCGUCACCUGGUUUCCCCUUGGCUGUAUUUUCUGUUGGUGCUGCAUUGGAUAUUUUCCAGACACUAAUUGUGGAAUUGGACACUGAAGGGCGCUAUCUUUUCUUAAAUGCCGUUGCCAACCAACUACGCUACCCUAACACACACACCCACUACUUCUCCUUCAUCCUUCUGUACUUGUUUGCGGAAUCAAACCAGGAAAUCAUCCAAGAACAAAUUACUAGAGUAUUGUUAGAACGGCUGAUCGUUAAUCGUCCUCAUCCUUGGGGACUGCUCAUCACUUUCAUUGAGCUGAUCAAGAACCCGAGGUAUAACUUCUGGAACCGGUCCUUCAUAAGAUGCGCACCAGAGAUUGAGAAACUUUUUGAGUCCGUCUCUAGGUCCUGCGGCGGUCCAAAACCAGUGGAUGAGAGUAUGGUCUCCGGUUGGGUUUAACUCCAUAAAUUGGAGUAGAUUAGAUUAGAUGGCUUUGCUGCUGCUUAGUUGUGUGUAGGCUAAUCAUUUUUUGCAAUUAAGUACAUGUUGAUAUUGGUGUCGAUCAAAAUAUACAAAUUGUACUCUCUGUAGAUUCCUGGUAUUUUAAAUGAUCAUGUUGAAAAAUUUUCAGCUUUC